ACCGCCACCGGGUCACCAUCCUAUCCUGCCGGGUAAAAAUAAAAAUGCAGUACACAUCCUGAUUGAAGUGAAGAUAUCCCGCUUAUAUGUAGUUCUGCAGGAAAAAAAAACAAAAACAAACAACAACUUAUUGUAUCGUUUUACUUGGGUCGAGGGGUUUGUUUGUUGAUUGUUUGUGCAAACAGUUUGAGCACUUUGUCACAACAUGGCUCCAACGAUUCAGACACAAGCUCAACGGGAGGACGGCCACAGUAGGCAGUCCUCUCACAGAACUGUCCCAGAGAGGUCAGGCGUGGUCUGUCGAGUGAAGUACUGCAACAGCCUGCCUGACAUCCCUUUUGACCCCAAAUUCAUCACAUAUCCAUUCGACCAGCACAGAUUUGUACAGUACAAAGCCACUUCUCUAGAGAAGCAGCACAAGCAUGAGCUCCUGACUGAGCCAGACCUGGGGGUCACCAUUGAUCUCAUCAACCCAGACACUUACCGCAUAGACCCCAAUAUAUUGUUGGAUCCUGCUGAUGAGAAACUGUUGGAAGAGGACAUCCAGGCACCAUCCAGCUCGAAGAGGUCACAGCAGCAUGCCAAAGUGGUCCCGUGGAUGAGGAAGACGGAAUAUAUUUCUACAGAGUUUAACAGAUACGGUGUUUCCAAUGAGAAAGUGGAAGUCAAGAUCGGUGUAUCAGUCAAACAGCAGUUUACAGAAGAAGAAAUCUACAAGGACAGAGACAGCCAGAUUUCUGCCAUUGAGAAGACAUUUGAGGAUGCACAGAAAUCGAUUACACAGCACUACAGUAAACCCAGAGUUACUCCUGUGGAGGUACUACCUGUGUUCCCUGACUUCAAGAUGUGGAUCAACCCAUGUGCUCAAGUCAUCUUUGACUCUGAUCCAGCACCUAAAGACAUAUCAGGACCAGCUGGAGUGGAAAUGAUGUCUCAGGCCAUGAUCAGAGGUAUGAUGGAUGAGGAAGGAAAUCAGUUUGUGGCCUACUUCUUGCCCCACGAAGAAACACUUCGCAAGCGCAAGAGAGAUUGCGACGAAGGGAUGGACUAUAUGCCUGAGGAUCUGUAUGAUUACAAGAUAGCCAGGGAGUACAACUGGAAUGUCAAGAACAAAGCCAGCAAGGGUUAUGAGGAAAACUACUUCUUUAUCUUCAGAGAUGGAGAUGGUGUUUACUACAAUGAGCUCGAGACAAGGGUGCGUCUGAGCAAGAGGAGAGCCAAGGCUGGAGCACAGUCGACCACAAACGCUGUGCUGGUGUGUAAGCACAGAGAUAUGAACGAGAAGGAACUCGAAGCCCAGGAAGCACGUAAAGCUCAGCUGGAGAACCAUGAACCAGAAGAUGAAGAGGAAGACAUCGACAUGGAUAAGGACAUACCGGACUCUGGUGAUGAGAAAGAGAAGGGCAGCGGCAGUGAGGCAGAGAACUCUGGCAGCGAAUCCGAGAGGGAAGACGAAGACCGGGAACAAAGGGGAGAAGAAGAGGAAGAGGAUGAGGACAAAGAAAAGAGGAGGAGGAAGCUGAGCGGUAGCGGAAGUGAGAGCGGCGAGGAGAGGACCAGAGAAAUGCGAGACGAGGAAGAGAUCUUCGGCAGUGACGAUGACAGCGAUGACAACGAGCCCAAGAACUCAGCCAGGAGCAGCGGGGAGGAGGGCAGCGGAAGCGAGGAUGAAGGAGGGAACAGAGGAGGCAGCAGGAGUCGCAGUGCCUCUCCAGCGCGCAGCGACCGCAGCAGCGACCACUCGGAGAGGGCGCAGAGUGGAAGUGGAAGUGAGAGAGGCUCAGACUCCAGUGAUGCCAGUGACAGUGAAUGAGAUCUGUGGUCCGGACAGAAAGGUGAUGGCCACCUAUCUUAUCUUUAUGUUCAGCCCCAAACAUGGCAGUGCCACCCUGUCACUGACCCUGAUAUUAGCUCAGUCCGGGGCUGUAGUUUCUUCAUGAUUGCAAAUAUCAAAUUAAAUUGUGUGUGCAAGAAUGCUAAUUGGUUUUGGACUGGGGACAUCUCUCUUCAAUCCAGUUUUUAUUUGUAGAUUUAACUUGCGCACCAGUAGCUAUUUGUACACCAUUUCUAUGUUUUCUUGUCUGUCAAAAAUAUUCAGGAUCAUGUAAAAAUCAUGUUCUUCUCUUAGCUUUUGACAUGUCAUUGAGUUACAGCUUUGAAGCGCAUAAUAAAAUGCAGGUGACAUUUUGUAAGAAA